AUGUCUUCAUCAACACCGCCGUCCCAAGAGCCAAAAGAGGGCAGCGUCAAUGCCAACGGCAACCUCGAAGCAAUGGGAGAGAAACUACCUCAGGUCGACCCUGAAAAGAAAGAGCAGACCGCCGAGUUUCACGAACCAUCCACUGAGACAUCCUCUACUGUCAAUAGCGGAGAGAAAUCAGAGCUCCCAGAAGGCGAUGGUGCUACUGCUGAAGAAAGCGCCGCGACUUCGCCGCCAGAACCACAAUACCUCCAGGGUAUCGAAGCGUUCGUCGUCAUACUUGCGCUUAUACUCAGUAUAGGCCUCAUGUCUCUGGAUCAAACCAUCGUCGCAACGGCUAUCCCAAAGAUUACCGACCAGUUUCACAAAAUUAACGAUAUCGCGUGGUAUAGUUCGGUUUAUUUCCUGACGAUCGGAGCCUUCCAGUCACAGUGGGGUAAAGUGUACAAGUACUUCCCUCUCAAAACUAGCUUCCUUGUGGCAAUUUUCAUCUUCGAAGUUGGGAGUUUGAUCUCCGGCGUCGCCCAAAAUUCGACGACUGUGAUCGUUGGACGUGCUAUCACUGGUCUCGGUGCCUCCGGUAUCGCACCCGGAGUUUAUACAAUUGCUGCCUUUGCUGCCGAGCCGAAGAAGAGAGCUACCUGGGUAGGCAUCAUCGGUGCGGUAUAUGGCAUUGCUGCUGUUCUUGGACCACUCAUUGGCGGAGGAUUUGCAGAUGGCGUGACCUGGAGAUGGUGCUUCUACAUCAAUCUUCCAAUCGGUGGUGUCGCCGCUGGUGUCAUUCUGCUCACCUUCAAGACGCCGGCAACCGCUAAGCGGGUUGAUGCUACACUCAAAGAGAAGCUUCUACACAUGGACGUCCCAGGAACGGUGUUCAUAAUGGGUGCAUCCAUCACUUUGCUUCUAGCUCUUCAAUACGGCGGUCAGACCCAUGCAUGGAAUUCUAGUGUUGUCAUUGGUUUGCUCGUUGGCUUCGUCCUAAUGGUUAUUGCACUUAUCAUAGUAGAAGUCUGGCAAGGCGAACUUGCUAUGCUAACACCACGCGUUAUGCGCCAAAGACACGUCUGGGUUAACGGCGUAUGGGGGUUCUUCUUCGCUGGCUCGUACUUUGUCACCCUCUACUAUCUCCCUAUUUACUUCCAAAGUAUCGACAACAGCAGUCCGAUUGGCUCCGGUGUGCGCAACAUUCCUCUCAUUAUUCUCUUCAGUGUUACCACCCUCAUCACAGGCAGAAUCAUCACGAAGACAGGUGUCGCAGCUCCUUAUUUAAUAGCUGGGUCCGUGGUCGUCACCAUUGCCGCAGGUCUGCUAUAUACUCUCGGAAUUGGGACUUCAACAGGCAAAUGGGUUGGCUAUCAGAUCUUGGCGGGCUUUGGAUAUGGCCUCGCUCUUCAAGUCCCGAUCGUCAUUGCACAGGCUUAUUCGGAGCCAACCGACAUAGCUCCUACGACUGCUAUUCAGAUAUGGUACCGAUCGAUUGGCAGUACAUUUUUGCUCGCAGCUGCACAAUCUGGUUUUGCCAACCAGCUGGCGCAUAAGCUGUCCAAGACCGCACCGGACAUCGACAUCACCUUUGUCACAACUACCGGCGCUACUGAGCUGCGUAAGGAAUUUUCCGGAACCGACCUGAACGAAGUUCUACGUGCGUAUGAAUGGGGUAUCAAAGUCGCUUUCGCAAUUACUAUCGCAGCUGCCGGUAUAACUGUCUUCGUCAGCUUGGGCAACAAGUGGCACAAUCUUAAUGCGUUAAAACUCAAGAAGACUGCUGGUGCUUGA